AUGUUUUAUAUUUAUCUAUAUCUAGUUUGCGCCUGUUUCAGACAGCUGGGGCAACCACAGCGCGAUCCAAAUGUACCUCAAGAAGAGUACGACAAUGCCAUCAACCAAAUACCUAGCUUCAUUCGCAACCAUCCUGCGAAUGCAGACUGGGUCUGGGCUGGCACCACUAAUUCUCAGGAUCCGCAACCAGGUUCAAUUGCAGAGAUGAUAGAAUCUGGGCCAAUUGAAGACCCACUCGAUCAACUUUAUGCGGAGGAGCUUGAUAUGAAUAAUCCUCAAGCUUUCUGGGAAUCGGUUUUAUACGCAAACGACCUGCGAGAGGAGAGAGAGCGAAGAAGAGAGGAUCCUAUAUGGGAAAAUUUAUUCUUAUCGGAUGGCUGGCCGGGGCCGAACCAGGAGGGUGGCAGCGGAGGCCGUGAUGGACUUCUCAGGCGAGACCUCGGUAGAGGUAUAUAUACUGACGAGUCAGACGCCGGCGCCGAGAGUCCGGGUGCUCAAUUUAAGUAG